AUGGCCGCCAUUGACCAGUCGGUCGGAGCCAGGUUCAACAGUUUCGGGCUGGUGAUUCCGGAGGCUCUAUCUUGCAACUCAUCGGCUCUUUGGUCAAGGUACAGAUUGGCCGUGGAGUCUUCCGUUGAGGAAGGAUCGUUUCCACAGGAGCCCUACGACGAGUCGGUUUCGGUGUUUCAGAGCUGGGCCAGCCUUGGCCGUGGCCCGACAGAAGAGCUUCGAAGCUUCGGCGAACAGCUCCAUUCUACUGCAUGGAGCGAUUCUGCUAGCUCCUGCUUAUUUGGCUUGGUCACGGCUCUGGAAGUGAUCGCUCGACGACAUGUUGGCCAUGUGCGUCGGCAGAUGCUGGCACUUGCAGAGGAGCUGCUGUACUUCGGUUCUACAGAUGUCUUAAGCUCAUCGCCUUGGCCCGCAAGGCGAUCGGACAUCUUGUUGAACCUCCUGCAUCCUGAAGAUAAAGGUCUCGAGGAUGCCUGGAAGACCUUUUCACCGGAAGCAGUUAGACCAUCUCCGCUGCCCUUUGUCUGGCCGCUACCAGCCGUCAAGAUCCCGGAGGAGGUGGAGCCACCUCGAUUUCGCCUCUGGCUGACAGACCAGCACAGCAUUAUGUCCGGAGAAAUUGCCUACUUAUUCACAAGGCAUCUUCAGAACUUUCGAGUGCGCGUGGACCGGCAGAGUGUGAGCCUCUACUGCCGCUUCCACAACGUGUGCUUUUCGGACGGACGAGUUGCGGCACUUCUUCGCCACCCAAGGAUCUACCAGAUUCGUCCUGGAGCCGGAUUCCUGGAUGGCCUCGAGGAGGUGGAGAAAGUCGGCAGGGACAUUGACCGACUUGCACGCGAGUUCCACCACCUGUUCCGAAGUUCGCUGCGGACGGUGGAUGCCUUCAUGUGUUCCAUCCCAAUCUACUGGUGCAAGCUGUACCAACAUUUCCGAAAGCCAAUCCUCGGCGUGAUGGACCAGCCCAUCUUCCUGUUCGUGCAGCCGCACCUCAGGACAUUGUGGCUCAGGGACUUUCGUGAGCUGGCUCAGGACCCAAAGAAUGUUUUCGUGUGUGACACUGCGUUCCUUCAACUGCAGGUGCUGUGGCAAACUGGGUUGAAGCUGCCAGUGGCGAGAUACCUGGCCAUCCAAACAGCACGAUGGCAAUGGAGGGCCCCUCAGGAGGAGGACCUCUCCCGGAUCCUCGUGGUGCAGCAGCAGUUGCACCGGCCUUUCUUCCUGCCACUGCUCAAGGAGUUCAGCGCUCUGAAUGCAGGGACUCGCAAGCUGCAAGUGGUGGGAUUUGAGGAAGUGCCAGCCUGGAAAAGUGGCCGGAAAGACCGGUACAAACGGCUGGCCGAGCAUCGAGCAGCAGUUGUUUUCCCAUACGAUGUACACUUCAUCAAGUUGUUGGAGCUGUACAGUAUGGGUGUUCCAUUGUACUUGCCGGCUGACUUCUUUAUGUGGGCCUUCAGCUGGACCGUGUCUGAUCCUGCCGUAAUGGAGCCUGCGAUUGCACAGAACGCGUCCGAAACUUGGCCACAUCCGCCGCCCUUCUGCGCGACGAAGGGCUUAAGGCACAUCGACCCGGCGCGGUGCCAUUACUGGGCCUCCUAUUCGGACAUUGCUCGUUUGCCGCACAUGGCUUACUUCGCCAGCUUUCCGGAUCUGUUGCUUCAGCUGCACUCAGCAAGCAACGGAGAGUUGCAGCUGCGAAGCAAGGCCAUGCGGGCAUUUCAGGCAGAAACCACGUCGCAAGUGCUCGCUUUCUGGCAGCACGCAGUGCUGCGGUUGUUGAGCAGAAGGACCCAAGCUAAAGAGAGCCGCAGAAACAGGGGGCGCAGCGUGCUUGGGUAG